UAAACAAUUUCAUAAAAGCUAGGCCCAAACUUGACAAAAGGGACGAUGUGUUGUUAUAUGUUCGAAUGCUGCGAAUCCUAGGCUGAAAUUGUAAAAUCUCCACAUUUAGGACAAAGAAGGUUAAUGUGUUAUUUGUUUAUGUAACUCGCUUAUUUUGUUUAUUUAUUGGUAAUGGUGAUGAUUACUAAUAAUGUCAAAUUGGGAAGCUUCAAAUUUCAGAGGGAAAUUACCCAUUCGUGUCUUCUCAAGGUCGUUGGCAGUUGCCACUUACAGUUGCUUCCUACAAGUCAAGGGGAAUGAGAAGAACUUGCUAAGCUUGGCAAAAUUGGCUCUUUUUUGCUUUGAAAUUGAGUGUGUGAUGGAGUUUCCUUCCUUUGAUCAUUUGAAUGUUUGGAGGGAAUGUGCAAAUGUGCGAGUUUGGAUCCUUUUCUUACUCCUGCUGCUACUGAAGAGUGAUGUGUGUUCUGGUUCUGACUACUUGGUUGGUCUCGGAAGCUAUGACAUUACUGGCCCUGCUGCUGAUGUUAACAUGAUGGGGUAUGCUAACACAGGACAGAUUGCGUCCGGAAUUCACUUCAGGCUGCGGGCUCGUGCUUUCAUUGUUGCAGAGCCAAAUGGUAACCGGGUAGUGUUUGUGAACCUUGAUGCUUGCAUGGCUUCACAGAUUGUGAAGAUCAAAGUAAUUGAGAGGCUGAAAGCAAGAUAUGGUGAUCUAUAUACUGAAGAGAAUGUAGCCAUUAGUGGAAUUCACACUCAUGCUGGUCCUGGGGGUUAUCUCCAAUAUGUUGUGUACAUUGUAACUUCUCUUGGAUUUGUGCACCAGUCCUUUGAUGUCAUUGUCGAUGGCAUUGAGAAAUGCAUUAUCCAGGCCCAUGAAAAUCUCCGCCCAGGAUCAAUAUUUGUCAAUAAGGGAGAACUCUUAGAUGCUGGUGUAAGUCGCAGUCCCAGUGCUUAUCUCAAUAAUCCUGCUGGAGAGAGAAGAAAAUAUAAGUAUAAUGUUGAUACAGAUAUGACUCUUUUAAAAUUUGUUGACGAUGAAUGGGGACCUGUUGGAAGCUUCAAUUGGUUCCCUACUCAUGGAACUUCAAUGAGUCGUACAAACUCAUUAAUUAGUGGGGAUAAUAAAGGUGCUGCUGCACGAUUUAUGGAAGACUGGUUUGAGCAAAAAGAUUAUGGAAGAACAGAUUCUGUAGUAUUUGAAGAUGAUGCCUUGCCCAGAAGAAUGCCAAAUAUAAUUCCUAGCCAUCAUGAUAAUCACCGUGAAUUACUGGAACUGGCUACCUCCUUCCAGUCUCCUCCUGGUAGACCAGUAACUAAAACUUCAAGUGUUGCUAAACGUGUGAGAAGUGCUCAUAGGAAGGUUGGCAAGCGUCGAUUUGUAUCUGCAUUUUGUCAAUCAAACUGUGGAGAUGUUAGUCCGAAUGUGCUUGGAGCAUUUUGCAUAGACACUGGAUUACCUUGUGACUUCAAUCAUAGUACAUGUGGAGGGAAGAAUGAAUUAUGCUAUAGCCGAGGACCUGGCUACCCAGAUGAAUUUGAAAGUACCCGCAUUAUAGGAGAAAGACAAUUUAGAAAAGCAGUGGAUCUUUUCAAUGCUGCAGAUGAAGAGAUUGAAGGGGAUGUUGAUUUUCGACAUGCAUAUAUAGAUUUUUCCCAACUUGAGGUAACUAUUUCUGAUCAAGGAUAUUCAGAGGUUGUAAAGACAUGCCCUGCUGCAAUGGGGUUUGCAUUUGCGGCUGGAACAACAGAUGGACCAGGAGCUUUUGAUUUUCAGCAAGGGGAUGAUAAGGGCAAUCCUUUCUGGAAGCUGGUCCGUGACAUGCUUAAGACUCCAAGCAGGGAACAAAUAGAUUGUCAGCACCCGAAGCCCAUUUUGCUAGAUACUGGUGAAAUGAAGAAACCAUAUGAUUGGGCUCCUUCAAUACUUCCAAUUCAGAUCCUCCGAAUUGGGCAGCUUAUCAUUCUUAGUGUACCAGGAGAAUUCACAACAAUGGCUGGGAGGCGUCUUCGUGAUGCAGUGAAGAUGGUGCUAACUAGUGAAGAAGAUUUUGAAUUUGAUGACAUUCACAUUGUUAUAGCAGGGUUAACUAAUACUUAUUCACAGUACAUCACUACAUAUGAAGAGUACCAGGUGCAAAGAUAUGAGGGUGCUUCUACGCUAUAUGGCCCACACACACUCAGUGCAUACAUUCAGGAGUUUAAGAAACUUGCAGAGGCUCUAAUCUAUGGUGAACCUGUAGAACCUGGUCCUCUACCUCCUGAUCUCCUGGAGAAGCAAAUAAGCUUACUUCCACCUGUUGUGCUGGAUGCAACCCCCCUUGGUGUGAAUUUCGGGGAUGUUUGUGCCGAUGUACCACGGAACUCCACCUUCAAGAGUGGUGACAUGGUGACAGCUUCGUUCUGGUCCGCGUGCCCUCGCAAUGACCUGAUGACUGAAGGCACCUUUGCACUGGUCGAAUUUCUCCAAGAAAAGGAUGCUUGGAUUCCUGCUUAUGAUGAUGAUGAUUUCUGUCUGCGCUAUAAGUGGUCAAGGCCUUCCAAACUCAGUUCUAGGAGUAAAGGAACCUUGGAAUGGACGAUACCGCAGGGUGUGACUCCUGGUGUGUACAGAUUAAGUCACUUUGGUGCUGCAAAGGGCUUAUUUGGAUCAAUUCAUCACUUUACAGGUUCAUCCACUGCGUUUGUAGUAGCCUAAAGGGAGGCAUGUUGUUGCAGGUUGCUGCCGUUACUAUAUUUGUGAUUUCUUGUGCUGAACUUUAGUAGAAUCCUUUCAAUAUCUAAGAAUGAUUCCCUAAUAUUUGUUUUUUUCCUUCCCUUUUGGUAUUAGUUUUAAGAACAAUAAACCACAGUAGUUAAUUUAGUCUAGAUGUGGCUAAACUUACUCUUUAAAAAAUGUUGCUACUAGUUUCAAUUGUUCAUAAUUGGAAAACUGUAAUGUUUCUACAUUUUAAAAUAUAUUUAGGGUUAAA